ACCGCAUGUUUUUCAUAUUGCAGACUAAAAAACAGUGAACUUGAAAGCCAAGCUGAGUGAACUAUCACCCAAUUGUGUCUGUGUAGUGUGGUCAUUCGAGACUGAGCGUAACUCGGUCAAUAAUAUGCAACGCCAAAUACAAUUUGUUUGUUAUAACUUUGCUCGAGGCAUUCAUAUCACUUUCACCAUUGUUGCAGCUCCAACUGUCACGGAAGAGAGAUUUCCCAGCAUGUAUUGAAAUAACCUGAUGCAGACUUUUGUAAGCAUUGUGGAGGACUGCUCCGGUUGUUCGGGCGGCCGCGUGUGUGUAUAUAGACACACAAUACCAUGCGCAGUGCACUUGAACUCGACUGUUGAUCGGGGAUGAGAGUGAGUGUUGUGCGUGACCCUUGAUGAUACACACAGAGACAGCGAUGAGGAGGAGUUCAUUGGAUGCAGGCAUACCGGGUCAAAUCUACUCCAUCGUCUGCCGUGGAUAUUGAAGACCCACCCGUACAUCAUCCUGAUGGUGAUGUGGUCUCUCUGUAGAUCAUUGCUUUUGUCAGCUCACUGCAACACUAUAUUAUACCUUCCGUUAGUUCCGCCAUAGCAUCGUGUAGCACUGUGUGCAAUUCAUCAUCAUAUUAUAGCAAUAUUGUAAUGCUAUUCAUGUUAAUGGCACAGCUGUGAAGCAUAUACAACCGUGUAAUAAUCACGAGAUAAUUUUUAUAGCCAAGGUGCAAACAAGAUGGCGUCAAAAGGAGAACCAGCGGACAAUGGGGAGCCAACGGUAUCCUACCAAGGACCAGGCUACCAGAAAAUUGCCACAAAUGAUGAGACAAAACAUGGAGUAAAAGAGAAGGCAAAGAAGAGAGGUAGACCAGACUCCGCCAAGGUCCUGCUUCCGUUUAGACCAAGGAAUAAGAAGAGAAGUCCAAUGGAUACCUCAGGUUUGAUCAGUACAAUGCUGUACUCGUUCUUUACAGCCAUUUACUGGAAAUCACAUCGUAAAGGAAUUACCCAAGAGUCUCUGAUGUAUCUCAUGUCAGACAGGGAAGCAGCCGCCCGCAACAGCCACAGGUUGGAGAGGUUAUGGGAAGAGGAACUGGCCAAGAAGGGGGAGAAAGAGGCGUCGUUUAAGAGAGCUGUGCUCCGCUUUGUACGGACGCGUGUUCUGAUGUCGUGUGCGGUGCAAAUCAUCGCCAACAGCAGUGGUUUCCUACUCACGGCCUAUCUUCUUUACCUGGCGAUUAUUUAUCUGGAGAGUCCAGAAAGCUCCAUUGGUUAUUCCAUCACUCUUGGUUUUGGAAUAUUCCUGGCAACGGUCGUCCGAGUCAUGGGAAACAAUUUUGUAUUCUACAUUAAUAUCCGAAGUGCCGUACGUCUACGAAGUGCUCUUAUGCUUUUGAUUUAUCGUAAAGUGGCGAGGCUGCGGAGCACCUCCAAAGUGUCUGUUGGCGAGAUGGUGAACAUAUGUGUGAAUGACAUCCAGCGAUUGCACGACUCCAUGCUCUUUGGACCUCUUCUCUUCUCUUUUCCAAUAUUCUUUCUUUUUAUCUUCACUGGCGUCGUCUUUGUGAUUGGACCCAUCCCAGCUCUGGUCGGCAUGGCAACGCUCAUCUUUUUCUUCUCCAUCCAGGCUUUUCUGGCGAAGAUCAACGUUCGAAUCCGCCAGAAGUGUGUGGUGUUUACAGAUCAGAGGACUCGUCUGAUGAACGAGCUUUUGAACUGCAUCAAACUGGUCAAGAUGUACUCCUGGGAGGAAUCAUUUGCUAAGAAGAUUACUGACAUUAGAAGUAACGAGAAGAAAUAUCUGACAAGAUCAGGAAUACUGCAAUGCUUUACCGUGGGUCUGUCAAUCACCAUAACUACUGCCAUUGUCCUGGCCUCAAUCGUCACUUAUAGUCUACUUGGAAACGUUGUCAAGGCCUCUACGGCUUUUACCUUGGUACACCUGUUUGGAAGUCUGACUGGUACCUUGUUUGUCAUCCCAUUGGCUCUCAAGCCAAUAUCAGAAUCUGUCGUCGCAUUGAGACGCAUCCAGCCGAUUUUGUUGAUGGAUGAGAGCAACCAUGACUGGGCCUUGCCCGAAAGCUCAGACAAUGCCAUUGAGGUUAAAGAUGCUUCCUUCAGCUGGGAUGCUCCGCCCAACUCCAACUCCCAGUCGAAUAACAAUGAUCCAGGGAAUGGCAAACCAGCAACCACAAAGUACACCCUGGUCAAGCAAGAAGUGGAUGAAGAGAACAAAGAUGCGAAGAAUGAAUUGAAGGAGGAAGGGAAGGAGGCAGCAGCGUCUGAUGGUUUGCUGGUGGAGGAGACGAGGCCAACAGCGUCUGGAGUCACACUCAAGAACAUCAAUCUCAAUGUUCCUAGAUCUCAUCUGAUAGGCAUCUGCGGCUCUGUCGGGAGCGGGAAAAGUUCCUUUCUGAAUUGUCUGAUGGAUCAGAUGAACCUACUAAAGGGGGACAUCGCUUUGAAAGGAUCCUUUGCUUUUGCUUCACAACAGGCUUGGAUUACCAAUGCAACUGUUCGAGACAACAUUUUAUUUGGUGAAGAAUACAAUGAGGAGAGAUACAAGAAAGCCAUCUUCUCUUGCUGCUUGGAAAGAGACUUAGAAAUCAUGUCAGAUGGAGACCAAACAGAGAUCGGUGAGCGAGGAGUGAAUGUUAGUGGUGGGCAGAAGCAGCGGAUUAGUCUGGCUCGAGCGUAUUACUCAGAUCGUGAUAUCUAUCUUCUAGAUGAUCCAUUGAGUGCUGUAGAUGCACACGUUGGUAAACACAUCUUUAAUCAUUGCAUCAAUGGAGUACUACGAGGGAAGACAAUCUUGUUUGUAACUCAUCAACUACAGUAUCUUUGUGACUGCGACUACAUUGUGUUGAUGAGAGACGGCGCCAUAGCAGAGCAAGGCACUCAUGAUAGCCUUAUCCAAGCUGACAUGGAAUAUGCCCGCCUCCUUGAGACAUUCCACGGCAAGGGAGAAGAGGAUGAAGAAGAUGUCAACGAUGAUAUCCCACCUAAGGAGGAAGACAUCGUUGAUGAUAAGGUGAUGGCAGAUGCGGGAGAUGAAAUUAAGGAGCACCAAGAUGAAGAUGUCAAUGAUGGUGUGGAAGAGGACAAGGAAGUUACCGAAGUUUUGAAACUCAUUGGGACAGAGAGUGAAGGAGAGGGGACUGUUGCUUACGCUACCUACCAGAGCUUCGUUCGAUUCACUGGGGGUAGAUUCUGGGCCUUCCUGGUCCCUCUCUUGAUGUUUCUGACCAUGUUGUCAUCCGUUGCAACAAGUAUAUGGCUGUCAAUUUGGAUUCAGGCUGUAACUGUCUGGGACGACACACCAAUGCAAUCUUUUGCCCCCAACCUCACCAGAGAUUCACUACCAUGGAGCUCCACUCCCCUCAUGAAUAAUUCAUUAAGUGAUGUCAUCAAUGGGACCAGUGUUGACUAUGAUGAUGACUAUUACAUUGACUCCACCCUUGGGACCCCCUCAGCCCAAGAUGAGGGCGUCAUGAUCUUCUUUAUCUCCGUCUAUGUUGGGAUUUUUGUCUUGACUUGGUUCAUCCUCUUCGUGGCCUGCUGCAUCUUUAUUAAGACUGUAUUACGAGCGACUACACGAAUCCAUGAUAGACUACUGCGUAAGAUAAUGCGGUGUCCAAUGGCAUUCUUUGACACUACACCACUGGGUCGUAUUCUCAACAGAUUCUCCAAAGAUAUGGAUGAAGUGGAUAUGAUGUUACCCAUAUAUCUCCAGCGCUGCCUGCUCUUCCUUAGUGUUCUCUUCUUGCUCCAGCUCGUCAUUAUCUUCAUCUUCCCUCUCUACCUUGCUGCCUUCGCUGUCGUUAUUGUCAUCGGGCUGGUCCUCUAUAUCAUCUUCCGCAAGGGCUACUGCCAGAUCAAGAGGAUGGACAACACUAGUCGUUCUAAGGUUGUGUCUCAUAUAUCAGCAACGAUGCAGGGAUUAACCACCAUCAAGGCAUAUGGACAAGGCCAGAGGUUCAUCAACAGGUUCGAGAAGUUGCUUGACACAAACUCCUUGAUCAUGGAAUUGUUUAGUAUGGCACCGAGAUGGACUGCUGCUCGCAUGGACCUGAUGUCCUCGACACUCGUCUUAUUUCUUGCUCUUCUUAUUCUAUUGAAUAAGGAGAAUAUAUUCUCAGCAGCCAUUGCUGCCAUGGCUCUACAGCAAGCUAUUGGGCUUUCAGGUGGACUCCUUCAAGAGGUCUUGAUUGCCUGCACACAGACUGAGAGCUCAUUCCUAUCUGUAGAGAGAAUGCUGGAGUAUAUUCAGAAAACGCCUUCAGAGGCAGAUGCCCACAUCGAGGACACAAAACCUGAUCAGAACUGGCCAGCAGAGGGCGACUUAAAAAUCCAGAAUUUGGAGAUGAGGUACCGCCCAAAGCUGCCUUUAGUUCUGAAGGGAGUUACGUGUCAUAUCCGGCCCAAGGAGAAGAUUGGCAUUGUGGGUAGAACAGGAUCAGGCAAGUCUUCUCUAGGUAUUUCCCUGUUCCGCUUGGUGGAGAAUGUUUCAGGUCAGAUUCUUCUAGAUGACGUUGAUAUAUCAACAGUUGGACUCCAUGAUCUACGCUCCAAGCUAUCCAUCAUACCACAAGACCCAGUACUCUUUGCUGGAACUGUUAGAUUCAAUUUGGACCCUCUCAACCAGCAUACUGAUGAGGAACUUUGGGCUGCACUGGAAAAGACAUACGUUAAACAAACGAUUAGUUGCUUGGAUAACCAACUAGAGGCUACGGUGAUCGAGAACGGGGAGAAUUUCUCCGUUGGUGAGAGACAACUCAUGUGCAUGGCAAGAGCGCUGCUAAGAAACAGUAAGGUGUUAUUGAUGGAUGAAGCUACGGCAGCCAUUGAUACUGAGACAGACAGUCUGAUUCAACAAACGAUACGUGAUGCAUUCAAGGAAUGUACAAUCCUCAUCAUAGCACACCGGCUCAAUACCAUACUGGAUUGUGAUAAGGUCAUGCUCAUGGAUAAAGGAGAGAUUGCCGAGUUUGACAAGCCGGAAGUCCUACAGGCCAAUCCUAAAUCUCAAUUUAGUGGGAUGUUAAUUGCUGCCCAACACAACCAGGGAAGUCUAGAUGAUUAAGGAUAAUUUUAUCCGUUACAGUCUCCGAGCUGAAGGUGUGUUUUACUUUGACCAGUUGAUUCACCUUCUAGGACCCAAUAUCAUGGCUCUGCGAACUGUAAGCAAAGAAUCAGCGCUUACUUAAGUGAGUAUUCAAGCAUAUUUAGUAUUAUUUUAUUUCUCUCCCCAAGUUCACUAAAACCUUGAUAGAUGUCAAACGGCGGAUAUCACUAUGCAGAAACACUAUGAAAAAAUUAACAAUUUAAACUAUUAGUGGUUAGCAGGGCUUUUGCGUGUGCUCACUCCACGUUACUAGGCAAUCUUCGCUUACACAUGAAAUUGACUCUUGCUCUCUUAAAGCAAACACUGCUGAUCAGUGCAGAAUUUGGCGGUAAGCAGAGCCAUGAACUUGGGCCCUGGGCAAUUGAGUGUCAUUACAUUACAUUCUCAUAAUUACUGCUUAUGAGGUGGAUUGUGAAAUAAAAAAUGGUUGGUGUCUGUCUUGUGAAAGAAGACAUGUAUUCCUUAGUUAAGUGUGUGUUUGCAUGGACAUUUUCUUUGUGUUUGUUUUUACUUACUGUAAUAUUCUUAAUAAAUAAAUCUUUAGUAGGAAGUUUUACAAUUUUUUAGAUCAUUCUUAAAAGGACGCUUGGUGCAUAUUGCCUUAAGUAUAAUAAAUAAGUGUGCCUGUAUAACAGUCAGGGAAAAAGACCAAGGAGUUUUUUAAAAGAAAACUUGGCACAGGCUUCGGACUCUGUUUCUUGUUGAAGCAACUUGCGAACUGUCGAUGCUCUAAAAUUCACAAGCCAGAUCCGAAGCCCAAUCCAACGUUUGGAAAAUGGCCCUUUAGUUUUUCUUCCAACUUCGUAGUCUUACCAUACCUAUUUAUCAAGUUCAUCUGUGUAGGUCUACCAAUUUUUGUCUUUUUUCUUUAUACUUAACUGGAAUCAAAUAAAUACUUUUUAUUUAACUGGAAUCAAUAAAUUUCUUUAAAUAUACUAAAGUAAAUAUUAUAUUUUUGGUAAUCAAUAUUAAACAAUGGAACAAAUAAAAUUAUGUUCAGCGAUACGUAGUUAGUUUUUUUAGAUUUGUUAACACAUUUUGUUUUAUAUUAGUUUAUAAACAGUCUGAGAACAUAACCCUAACCUUGCAUUUUAGUUUAGGUUUUUGUAUACAGUUCACUCGAAUAUAUAUGAUUUCAUUUAAGAUGGAAAAUGUGUUCUAGUUUCAUUUUGUAAUCAGAAAGCUUUCAGAAUAAAAUUAAACGGUGAUUUGUUUAUCCUGUAUAAGACCUUGAAGUCAACAAUUUGAAUUUAAAAUAAAACACAACUCAGUUGGAAAUCUGUU